AUGAAGGCGGCACGCGCAGUGCGGGUGCCCCGCGCCCAGGGCACUCUUCGGGCCAACUCUCGACUCGUCAGCGGCACGGGCAACGCCAGGUCUUCUGUCGCUGCGAGUGCGGUCUUUCAGCCACUCUCACAGACAUCGCCACCAGUUGCGCGUAAGGAGCUGACUGCACCUCUCGCAAAACUUCCCUUAUCGUCAGUCCUGCGAUCAUUGCUGGUGCUCUCCGUAUCUUCUUCGCCCCUUCUGCUCAAGCCUUGCAUCUACACACUCUCUUUGUUGGCGCAUCCCCGUUCGGCUCUGUGGGAUGUUUCCAAAAACCCACUCUUGAACCUGCUGGUCAAGCACACUAUCUAUAAGCAGUUCAACGCAGGCGAAAACAAGGUCGAAGUCCAGCAGGCCAUCCGCAACAUCAAGGACCUUGGAUGUCGUGGUGUCCUUCUUGGUUAUGCUCGUGAAGUUUUGGUUGGCGAGAACCAGGAGGCCGCGAUUGAUGAAAAGGCCGCUUUGGCUGAGAUCCAGAUGUGGCUCGAUGGUACUCUGCGUACCGUCGAUAUGGCUCAGGAGGGUGACUUUGUUGCUCUAAAGUUCACUGGCAUGGGAACUGAUGCCCUUCGCCUGUUGCAGAAGGAAGCACCCCCUACGGAAUUCAUGCACACCUCAAUCCAAAAAGUUUGCGACUUGGCGAUCUCCCGCGGUGUUCGCCUGCUGGUUGAUGCCGAGGAGCAGGCCGUGCAGCCUGGCAUCGAGGCAUGGAUCAUGAAGUACCAGAAGUAUUGCAACUCUCAGACCCCCGGCCGCGCCAUUUUCUACGGCACAUAUCAGGCCUAUCUUCGUUCCACCCCCGCAACCCUCGCUCGUCACCUGGAAAUUGCCCGUGCCGAAGGAUACACCCUUGGCGUGAAGCUUGUCCGCGGCGCCUACAUGAAGACCGAACCCCGUCAGUUGAUCUGGGCCGAGAAGGAGGGAACUGAUCGCUGCUACGACGAGGUCGUCGAAGCCCUCCUGACUCGGAAGUACAAUGCUAUGCUGCAAGCUCCUUCGAAGGAGACGCCGACGGAACUGCCGCCUGUGAAUGUCAUUAUUGCCACCCACAACCGCGAAUCAGUGCAGAAGGCCCACGCUCUCCGUCUCCAGCAAGCCGCACGCGGCGAGGAUUACGGCGUCGAUCUUAGCUACGCCCAGCUUCAAGGCAUGGCUGACGAAGUGAGCUGCGAGCUGAUCGAGGGCUUCGAGAGUGCUGAAGCCAGUGUUGGCGCCUCGCCCAUGGCAGCUCCCAAUGUUUUCAAGCUUUUGACCUGGGGCUCGGUUCAGGAAUGCAUGGGCUUCCUCCAGCGUCGCGCUGUUGAGAACACCGAGGCUGUUGGACGGACCAAAGACUCUCAGAUCGCCAUGUUUAAUGAAUUGAAACGCCGUUGCCGUGUCAUCUUUGGAAAGGGCAACUAA